GCGUUGUAUUAGAAGCGCGAGACUCGACCGUGUCGUCGAUGACUGAUCGUGCGCGCGGCCGGGACUAGACUAGAACGGUGGCUUAUUUCACGAUUUGGCCCUAAUAUUGGAACGAACGAUGGCAAAGAGUCAGAGACGUAACCGCCGCAUCUCACCCUACCAUAUAGCGGAGAGGUGGUGCGGCCUUGGAGAAGAUCAGGAGGGAUUUGAAAAAAAAUUUAUCAACGAUGACAUAGGACAUGGACUUGUGACAAAUAAACCCUUUUUAAAGGGAGAUUUCCUCCUGGAAUAUCGUGGAAUAUUGUCCAUUGCUGAUGAUCAGGAUGAUGAGAAUGCGGAUUACGUUUUCCACUUCUCGCAUAAAAGUACCGAGUAUCGGAUUGAUGCAUCAGAUAGCAAUUCUUGCCUCGCUAGGUGGGUCAACGAUGAUCAUGUGCAUCCAAAUAGCAUCAUGAAAAAGGUUGCAUUUGAUAAUAACUCCCCACAUUUGUGCUUGUUUGCUUUGGUGGACCUUAAAGAAGGUGUGGAACUAACAUACGACUAUGGAGUAAAGAAUUUACCUUGGCGGCAGCCCAGUCUGGAAAAGGAAAAGAACAUACCAUCUUCGCCCAGUCUCGAAAAGGAAAAGACUAUACCAUCUUCUCCCAGUCUGGAAAAGGAAAAGAACAUACCAUCUUCGGUAAGUAUAGAGAUCCUCAAUUAGUGUGUUGAAAUUGCUUAGUAUUAAAACAUGCAUGUCCUCUCUUGAAUAUGUAAACAAUUUCUAUGUCAAAUUUGCAGUGUACAUGUAAUGUUCUCAAACACUUAUGGAAACAAGUUCAUUGUUGCAUUGCAGUGUAAUCUAACAGAUUUAUGCAAACAAGUGUUACUAUCAAAUUAUUACAAUGUUUAUGAUACCUGUAGAUGCCUUAUUUGCACUUGCGUAUUCGGGCAGAAUAGAAAAGAAAAGGAACUAAAAUGGGGACAAGUUGAAAUAUAAAAAAGGAAAAGAAAAGAAAAGUAAA